UUCAAAGUCUGAUGCGUUAUCUAACUGGACAUGAGAUAUAAGUUCAGCCAUGGGGACAGAGACGGGGUCCUGAACCGAUCUAAGACGUAAGUUGCCAGGAUGAGGGUGGUCCUGAGUUUGUGUGCUGCGCUGGUGCUGCUUUGGUCCACUGUCCAGUGUCACCAUAACGGUGAUCACAGUCACCAUGACAAUGAUCACAGUCACCAUGACAAUGAUCACAGUCACCAUGACAAUGAUCACAGUCACCAUGGCAAUAACAAUUCUGCCAUUGGAAGCCUGAAGAUAUUCCAGGAGAACCUGGACUUUGCUUUCCAUCUGUACAAGCACAUCUCUGCCCAGCCCGAUUCUCAGUCCAAGAACGUCUUCUUCUCCCCGCUGAGCGUGUCCGUGGCCCUGGCUGCUCUGUCCGUGGGGGCCAGAGGGAAGACGCACCAGCAGCUCUUUGAAGGUCUGGGCUUCAACAGCACAGAAAUCACCACUGAGGAAGUGAGCCAGGCCUUCCAACACAUCCAUCACAACCUCAACGAGAAAAAGGAUGUAGACAUGUCGCUCGGGAACGCACUCUUCAUUGGACAAGACUUCAAGCCACGUCCUGAGUUCCUGGAGAGCAUGAAACGCUAUUUCGAGUCAGAUGGUUUCAGCACCGACUUCAGCAAGCCUGAAGAGGCCAAGGAACAGAUCAAUAAGUAUGUUAAUGAAAAGACCAAGGGUAAAAUAUCAGAUCUGGUUCAGGAUGUGGAUCCCCAAGCAGUCAUGUAUCUCAUCAACUACAUAUACUUCAAAGGUAAAUGGGAGAUUCCAUUUGAUCCCAAAGCAACCAAGGAUCACGACUUUCAUGUUGAUGAGAACACCACCGUUUCUGUUCCGAUGAUGUACGAAGAGGAGGAUUUUCAUGUUUAUCAUGAUGAAGAAAUCUCCACUCAUGUUCUCCAGCUGCAUUAUAAUGAGUCUGUCUCAAUGAUGCUGGUCCUUCCAGAGAAAGGAUUGCAGGGUCUGGAGGAAGUGGUCUGCAAAAACCAUUUGCAGAAAUGGAUCAGAUCAGUGGAGAAGAAGACGUACAAUGUAUAUGUUCCAAAACUGUCCCUUAAGACCUCAUAUCAACUCAAAGAAAUCCUUUCUGAAAUGGGAAUCACUGACAUAUUUGGGGAUACUGCAGACCUCACUGGAAUAUCAGAGGAAGGGAAAUUGGCUGUAUCUAAGGUUAUGCACAAGGCUACCUUGGACAUGGACGAGGCUGGAGCAACAGCAGCCGCAGCCACAGGAAUCGAAAUGAUGCUGACUUCAGCACGAUUCCCCGCACCCCCCGUCUUGAAAUUUGACCAUCCUUUCAUGGUUUUUGUGGUCAAUCGUGAAACCAGAAGUAUCCUGUUCAUGGGAAAAAUUGUGAACCCAGCAAAAUAAUAAAAUUACUGGAUAUGUAUGUGUA